AUGUGGAAACAGGACAAAAACAACGCUCCGAAAACAUCUCACCCUAAUCGAGUCGACGGAGAAAAUGGAAUGGUGACACCCAGCUCCAUCCUCGCCACCAUCCACAUCGCAGGAGACCUCAAGGAAUGCAAUGAAGCGGACAUCAACAAAGCCAUAAGAGUGGAGGCACCCUUGGAGAUGGUAGUCAAAACUCAAGGCGAAGGAGAUGUCACCAUGCUUCAAAAGAAGUUCGAAACCUUGAAGGAGGAGAAAGCGUUGCAGCAGAGUUCCGAUGAUAAAGAAGGAACAAAACCACUUGGAACCCACCUCUGCACUGUUCACAUCGCCGAAACGAUUAUUGACAGCAUGAACAAAAAGAACGUUCCAACAGCCGGAAAUCGCAGCAUCCCCAUCGAGACUACCGCGGACCUCAAAGUCCUCCAGGCGUUGUCCAACGGCGAAGCAACGCUCAGACAGACACCAGAUAACUUCAUGAUGGAUGGAACCUUCCACCUAGGAGGAACAUUGAAGGGAAACAUCGAUCUUACCGCCGCUGUGAACAAGACUGACAACGAAGGGGAAGAAAUCAGGAAAGGAAAUAUGCUGAUGGAUGGAACGUUCAUAACAACGGGGCUGGAAGGUGAACAGAAAGUAUUGAUGAUGGACGGAACAUUCAUGGCGGGGAAAAUUGAUAAGAAGGAGGAACAAGAGAACGCAACGAAAGGAAUCGACGAGGUAAAGGCUGAGGAAUUGACAACGGACCUCGCCAAGAAACUGAAAGAAUGUGCCAAUAUGAGAACAGUGACCGUUAAAACAUGGUAUCGCAUUCCGUGGACAGAAGUAGAGACUGUUGUCUCGCAGAGGGAUUGUUUUCUACAUCAAGGCAAAGCCUAUAUUGCCGAACAAGAGUUGAUAGAAUACGUUAAAAGUAUUAUGAACAAAGAAAACCAUCGCUGGUUAGACGGAUUCGCAGUUAAGCACGACGCAAUGAUGUACAAUGAAACAGAAAGACUAGUGCCUAUCCUGAAAGCGAUAAUGGAAGAUGUAAAGCCGGAAGAAAUUCAAGCAAAAACGAACGGUCUCACAUACGACAAUUUGGAAUUCAUGAAGAGAACAUCAAUGCCACCUUGUUUAAGAAAUUUGUUCAACGGACUAGAUAAGGAUGGAAAAUUAAAAUACAUGGGACGGCUGCAUUUAUGGUCAUUCCUACGAAAUGCAGGAAUGACAAUGGAGGAUGCCCUGAAGCUAACAACAACAAAAAUGCAUAACUACCAAAAUCCAGCAGCGGAACACGAGUAUCACGUUAAAUAUGCAUAUGGACAAGUGGGGAAAAAGAGCCCAAUAAUAUCCUACACAUGCGAAACGAAAACGAAGAUUGCAAAAUCGAAGGAAGAAUAUCAUUUGUGCCCAUUUACAAACAACGAAGAUCUCAAAACCAAACUGGAAAGUUGGGGAAUAUCUGAAGGAAGGGAUUUUCAAAAGUACCCAAACAGAGAAGGCACAAUGUUCUACCCACUGAUGCUCGCCCGCGAUGUGGUCCGUAGGUUCACAGGAGACGACAUCAUCGUAAUGCUUAUGCAUUACUAUGACAACGUAAAGGACGCAAUCAGACUCCUUCAAGAUCUACGAAAAACUCUUAAGGAUUUUGGCCAGAUUGCAAAGUAUACCGAGAUCAUAGAAGAACUAGGGGAAUUGCUGAACGAAUGCAAGAGCAGUUACGAAGAUUUCGAAGCCAAAGGAGGAAAGCUGGCGAAUGAAUUGAUGAAUGUACCCGAAGAUGAGAGAUGGUAUGAAGCCACGGCCACUGAGAUGAGCAACUUCAACGGAAAGAGCGAAUUGGAAAAAGCAAUCACCAUUCACUGCAAUAACGAUGCUUUCAGCCUUAGCUCAUUGCAUGACAACACAUUGAGCAACAUCGUAAGCACUCCAGGUUACUUCGCUUUAAUCGUGGCAGGGGCGUUCCUUCUUGGAGUAGUCCUAACAGCAACGAUAUGCACAUGCCGUUUUGGGCGAAAAAGGAAAGAGUUCAGAAACAAAGUCAAAGAACUCCGAGAAGAAAAAAAGGAAGACCGAAACCCACCGAUCAUUGUGCCAAUAACGCCAAUGAGCCCAUUACCGCAGCAUUAUCCGGCACCACUGAUUGUCACUGAAGAGAUCCCAAGAGUGACUAGAAGUAUCACGGACCCAGUACGAAUGGGUAAACCUUACUGGAAAAGACAUGUAAUGAUGGAAAACUUUUUGGCUCCAUCCGCGCUUCACGGGAAUGGUCGCGCUUCAUCAGAGACUGUUUGGGACGCCAUACCAACUGAACAUGAAAAUCCAAGAAUUGACUUUGGUCUCUGCCUUCAUCGCUCUUACUUGAGUAGUGAAGCUUAUGGAACCGAAAUGGGCUUUUCAAUCUGCGACAAUCGAACAGAAGCAACUUUCUUUUGCGAACAUGAUGACCCUAAGUUUGCUUUGAAGACAUACAUGAACAAAGAUUAUAUAAACGAGAGUAGAAUUUGGGAGCUGGAAGAUCCGAUGAGUCUGAGAUUCGAUAAUUAUUUGACAACGAAAGAAAUAGGAAAAAUUCUGAACAGAAGGCCGAGAAAAAUACUCGAGGCGGUUGCUCAGUGCAAAAAUGAAGGUUCAAAACUGUACCGGCCAAGUAAAUCGCACUCACUUUCCUUUCUCCACGAGAUCUUACCGGAAGUCACACAGGAUAUCAUCUGGAUGAAUGGAUAUCUCCGCGACACGAGUCUUUACGAAUUCGAAACGAAUAGAAAACUGGAGAGAGAUGAUUUAUUCACCAAGUUUGAAAGUAUAUUGGGGUUUUAUACGGAUAAUGAAGUUUUUGUCAACUCCUAUAAGUUCAGUGGAAUUUCAAAGGAUGGCAUGUUUCAGCGACAAACUAACAACUUCCCGGAAGCACAUGGUCUUUGUUUCGAGACGAUCGAAGAAUACCCCGAAAUCGAAAAAUUUCCAAAAAUAUUUACUUUCUCUUCAAAAUCUGCGCACUUUUUGUCUUUUUUGUCGGAUUUUAUAUUUUUCUUUGAAAUUCUGAUAAUUUUGUUUUAG